AGCUCCUUCCUAGGUCCCAGCUGUGGUGAAUGCGAGGGUUGCUCGGUUCGGGGAUCGUCUGCCGGGCGCAGGCCCGGGCGAGGCGAGUUUGCCAUGCGGUCGCCCGUACAGAGGUGCGUGGUGGCGCUCCUCCUUCUGGGGCUCUGUAACGCUAGAAAGGGGGACCCCACCAGGUUCCGCAACGUCCUGCUGAUUGUAGCGGACGAUGGUGGUUUUGAGAGUGGUGUGUAUAACAACACAGUCAUAAAGACCCCAAACCUGGAUGCUUUGGCCCAGCGAAGCUUGAUCUUCCGGAAUGCCUUCACUUCUGUCAGCAGCUGCUCCCCCAGCCGGGCCAGCCUCUUGACGGGCCUGCCUCAGCACCAAAAUGGGAUGUAUGGAUUGCAUCAAGAUGUGCAUCACUUCAACUCCUUUGAUAGUGUCCGGAGCCUCCCCUUGUUGCUUAACCAGGCUGGGAUACGGACAGGAAUCAUUGGCAAGAAGCACGUUGGGCCAGAGGCUGUGUAUCCAUUUGAUUUUGCCUACACUGAGGAAAACAGUUCUGUCUUGCAAGUGGGCAGAAACAUCACCCGAAUCAAACUGCUUGUUCGGAAAUUCCUCCAGAGUGUGGAUGAAAAACCUUUUUUCCUUUAUGUGGCUUUCCAUGAUCCCCAUCGCUGUGGUCAUUCCCAGCCACAGUAUGGAACCUUUUGUGAGAAAUUUGGCAACGGGGAGCCUGGAAUGGGCUGGAUCCCAGAUUGGAAACCUGAGCUCUACCAUCCAGAUCAAGUGCAGGUCCCUUAUUUUGUACAAGACACCCCAGCUGCUCAUGAGGAUUUGGCAGCUCAAUACACAACUGUCGGGCGCAUGGAUCAAGGCCUUGGUCUUGUCCUAGAGGAGCUCCGCCAUGCAGGCUUCCACAACAGCACUCUUGUGAUCUAUACUUCAGACAACGGCAUCCCUUUUCCCAGUGGCAGAACCAACCUGUACUGGCCGGGCACAGCUGAGCCCCUCCUGGUCUCAUCUCCUGAGCACCCUUCACGUUGGGGCCAAGUCAGCAGUGCCUACAUCAGCCUCCUGGAUAUCACUCCCACCAUUCUGGACUGGUUUUCUGUGCCAUAUCCCACGUACAGUCUGUUUGGGAAGCGGGUAGUGCAACUCACCGGGAAGUCUCUGCUGCCAGCAUUAUCACUGGAGCCAAAAUGGAGAACUGUGUUUGCCAGUCAGAGCUUGCAUGAGGUGACCAUGCACUAUCCCAUGCGAGCUGUGCAGCAUGGCUCCCUGCAUUUGAUUCACAAUCUACAGAACCGAACCUCCUUUCCCAUUGAUCAAGAUUUCUAUGUUUCACCCACGUUCCAGGACCUGCUGAACAGGACUCAGGCGGGGCAACCUACUCAUUGGAGUAAGACUUUGCGUAGCUACUAUUAUCGGGAUCGCUGGGAACUGUACGAUCACAGCACCGAUCCUACCGAAAGCCACAAUGUGGCUUGGGAUCCCCGCUAUGCACGAGCUCUUGAAGAGCUGCGGGGGCUGCUGUUGAAGUGGCAGUGGGAGACCAGUGACCCCUGGGUAUGUGCUCCUGAUGGUGUCUUGGAGGAUAAGCCAGUGCCCAAGUGUUGGCCGCUCCAUAAUGAGCUGUGAUUUUCUUUUGCCUUCCUGUUUUGGUGGCAGUUACUCAUCUGUCAGGAGCAGGAAAAGAUCUGCAAGUCGAGCGAAUGCUGAUGCAACAAUUUGCAAUUUGCAGAAUUAAAUACUACUGAAGUUGCACCUGAGGGGGAAGAAUUGGAGUAAAAUACAAGGAGGGGCUUGCCUCCCACACAAGAAUGAUAACUGGAGAAGUCUGGUUGAAGAGUUGAUCACUACUAUAAGUGUCCUCACCCAAAU